GCUACAUAUAUACAGACAAAUGGUGCUCAAAUAACCAUGCGCGCAUAAGCAAGGAAAAUCCCUUAAAAGCACCACACCUACCACUCCUACGGUCACCGAACUUUUUGCGCGCGCGUAGCUAGCUCGGACACGACCUAUUGCUAGCACGAUGAACGUCAAUAAUGAACUGCGAGCAGAUUGUGACACGCUCAAGGCGCUCGGGGCCCCGUCCAUGGCGACAUUGUCCCAGACGAAACCCAGGCAUGGCCCUCCAACGGUCAAGCCGCCCGAGCCGGCAGCCAACACCUCGGUGAAGAAGCCGUGGCAGCUACGUAAUCGGAAUCGCCAAGCGGUGACUGAGUGGACAUGGCAGGACAAAAGCGACUUCUGGGCAGCACUGGGUCGAGCCCCAAAGGACCCGGCGUGCCUUCCCCCGCUCACAGCCCACAAGGGCUUCUUUGUGGCGUUUCGAGCCCAGGCACGGGCGGCCUUGAAGAUGGUGCGCAAGUUCCCCUCGGUGCUGGUGCUGCCGCUGCUGGUGCUGGCGCUGCUAGUCGGACUGGGCAUAUUCGGAGUGCGCACCACCGCCAACGACCACGUCAAGAGCAGCCGGGUGGACGCGGAGGCCGCCGCGCUCAAGGCCGCAAACGCCUACUCGCUCAGCCUGGACGCAGCCAUCCUGCCGGUGCUGACGCUGGGCACCUUCAUCCGGGAGACACCCGCCAUGGCGGCUCUGGGCCCGGCGUUCCCGCGCAUUGCGGCGGACCUGCUUAAGCAGGCCCGCAACAGCGCAGCACUGCAGCUAAAGCUGGUGCCGUUCGGCAUCGUGCGGGCCAUCGUGCCGCCGAUAUUGGACCUGGGCACACUAGGACUGAACCUGUUCACCGACCCCACCCGGAGGCAGGAGGCGCUGCAGACCGUGGAGCUCAAGUCGGUGUGGAUGGCUGGUCCGCUGGCGGUGCCGCCCGAGGAGCGCCCAGUGCUCAUCGCGCGCAACCCCGUGUUCAUGUCGGGUGUGGAGCCGGGCGAGACCUGGGGUAACGGCGCGGAGGGAAACACCAACUGCAGCGCCUGCUACGAUGAAACAACGAAGACCAAGUUUUGGGGCUUUGCGGCUGUGUACAUUGCCUUCGACAACCUCACCACCGGCCCCAACAGUCCCCUUCUGCCGCUGCGCAACCGCAACUACCUGUACCGGCUGACCAAGCCGGCUGCGGGCGAGAGCGGGCAGGCGGUCAUUCUGAGCGAGAGCUCGCCGGCGCCCCCCGGCGGCAGCGAGGCCGUGGCCGUGCCCGUGUACCUCCCCGGCAUACCCUGGCUGCUGGAGGUGUACCCCGAGGGAGGCUACCGGCCGUCCUGGGAGGCCCCCCUGAUUGUGGUGGUGGUGGUAGUGGCGGUGGUGAUCUGCCUCAUGAUGUUCGUGGCCCUGGUCAACCACCGCCGGCUGCUGGUGCUGCUGCGCGCGCGCCUGCCGGGCAAGGCUCUUGACCAGCUGCGCAUGGGCCGCCCCUUCUACGACUUCUUCCCCGCCGUCACCGUGCUGGACUGCAGCGUGGUCAGGUACUACAGCGCGGUGAGCAGCGGCGGAGAGCCCUGGGCGCCGCCCGGAGCCGCCGGCACAGGAACAGACCCGCGCGAGGUGGUCAAGAUGCUGAAUGACGUGUACAAGUCGCUGGACGCCAUUGCAGAGCGACACGGGCUGCACAAGGUGGAGACCUACAAUGACUCGUACGUGUGUGUGGGCGGCUGUCCCGAGGCGGACGGCAAGGACUCCAUCACAUGGGCCUGCCACGUGGCGCACUGCGCACGUGACAUGGUGGUGGCCGCAGCCAAGUACCGCAGCGCCGGCGGACAGCGACUGCAGCUGCAGAUCGGGCUACACUCGGGCCCCGUGUCGGCGGCGGUCAUUGACGGCGGCAAGCGACUGCCACGAUACUGCAUCUUUGGCGGCACGGUGGCCACGGCCACGCAGCUACGAACCACCUCGGCACCCCAGGCUAUCCACGUGUCCCGAGCCACCGCGGAGCUGCUGGCGGAAGCGGGCGACCCCAUGGUCAUGUUGGUGCCACGUGGCCUCAUCCGCAUAGGCGGCAGUGCGGCGGCCACCGGCGGGGCGGCGGCGCCGGGCGGCGCUGGCGGGGCCGGCGGGCUGGGCGGCGCGGGCCCGGCGGCGCCCACCGCGGGCGGCCUCAUGUACACCUCCUGGCUGCAGGUGGACUUGAUGGCGGGCGCGUACGGUGGCGCGUACGGCGCACGUGCGCCCAGUACGGACCUGGUGGCGCGACACAUGGACGACGACGAGGUGUCUCUUGACGGGCUCAACAUAGUGCGCAAGGCGCUGCGUCACGCGGAGGACGGCGAGGUGGAGGAGGAGGAGGAAGAGGACCCGGAAAAGCGGCAGGCGGCCCUGGGCCCCCUGGGCUUCAUGCACCCCUUCUUUGGCUCCUUCCGCCGCCGCGUGCAGCCAGGCGACUGGGAGGUGGUGGCGGCGGCGCUGGACCUGGACCUGGACCCGCCGCCCGAGGGCGGUGCUGGUGCUGGUGGUAGUAGUGGUGGUUGUGGUCCUGAAGAGGCUGGUGUUGGUGUUGGUGGAGAGGCUGGCGGCGUGGGUGCGGGCGUGGGCGUGGGCGUGGGUGGCACGGUGAGAAUGGGCAUGGUCGCGGCAGCGACUGCAGCGGUGGCGCCAGCAGCGGCGGGCGCGGCGGUAGUCGUGCCUGUCGCCCGAGCGCAGCUGGAGCCGGCGGCGGCUGAGACCGGGUCGAGCGAGGAGGCGGAUGCUGACGUGGAGGCUGCGGAGGUGGCGGCGGAGGUGCAGCUUGGGCGGCCAGCGGAGGAGCGCUGCGCCGCCGCCGCGGCGACUGGGCACCAUCAGUUGAUAGGUGAAGGCUGCGGCAAGGGCGGCCCGACGGACGGCGUCCGCGGCAGCGGCAAUGCCAGCAGCGACGGCAGCAGCAGUGCGGGGGGCCUGGGCGGGCGCCGCAAUCCCGAUGUCCCUGUCUCUGUCAUGGCUGCAGGCAGCAAAGCCGCCGCACCUGCAGCGCUGCCCGUGGCUGCGAUGCCGUCGCUUCCGGCGCCUGCGCCCGUCACACCAACGGUUAGCGGCUUCGACGAGCACGCCAGCGUCCUCAGCGCCCUCAACGGCUACAGCCUGGCCGCCGCAGUAGUAAGCAAGGGCGCUGAGGGGCCGGGCCGGGCGGAGGCGGCUGCUACUGCCGCGGGAGCGGCGGCCCCGGCGAGGCUAAGCGAGGAGGAGCGGCGGCAGUAGCAGCAGCAGCAGCAGCAGCCGCUGCUAUGCUAUGGUGCUGCUGGGGUAGAGGUUGCGGUAGCUAGCUAGUGCGGCGGCAGUGUCGCGCAUGUCAAGAUGUCCUGUCUUUGGUUGGGUGUUGAGUGCUGCGAAUUCGGUGUCAGUCCCGUACGCGUAAGGCGGUUAGUCAUGCCGGAUGGCGCACAAGUUUUAGCCACUUCCCUGCAUGCAUACGUACAUAUAUAUGCACUUAUGGGCAUUGCCGAAAAAUAUGCGGCGGGGGGGGGGCACGGGGAAUGAAGGGGACCGGCAAACCGGGAAACCGAGGGAUUACGGCUGGACGCGGAUCAUGUGAGAAAAGGCUUCCGGUCCGGUUGCCGAUGUCCACAGCAGUGUGGGAGUAGAAUUGGGGAUUGGGACGUGAGAGCCUGAGGGGGGAGCUGUAUGUAGCGAAGCUCGAAAGGAGAGCGUGUAAGGCGUGACUGAGAAACUAGUAGCCAAGGGGUACAGACACGGUAAGGUGAAGCACAGCAAGCCGAGGUGCAAGGCAGGUGUGGGCUGUCUGCUUAGUAUGUACGGACGUACGUACGGUUUACGCAUCAACAUGUCAGCAGUGCUGGUGACCGUGGAAGAAUGGGUUCGCUGCUGCGCACCAUGUUUGUGAGGUGUUAAGUUUUGGUGGUCUAGCCAGGGGGGGGGUACGAACAAUAGUUCCAGACCCCACCCCGCAAAACCUCCCGACCCCCCCUGACCGACGACCGACCGAUGGUGUCAAACGACUGCUUUCAGCGAGCUCUAUUAGCAUGUAAACACGGAAAGUUCGUCGGGCGCGUCUUGACCACAGCCAUGUUGUCGACAUGUUGUGAACAUCUUGCGGCCGUUCAGUUGCACCCGUGUAAAGCACCCUUAUGAGACUUACCUACGCAUGGGACAUACACAUGCGUAUUCCUCCGGCGCACAAGCACCGGUCCGCGACUUGUGGCACGUUCUGGUCAGGCGAGACACGUCGUACCCCAACAUCCCAACCCAACAUGUGUUGACGGGCGGUAGCCCUUCGUCUUUUGGUAGGCUCCUGACGUUUCCCAGCCGUAAAAAGCAUCCAUUACAUGCUUUGGGCAACGGUCUGGGCUUGCCCGGCUGUCUUAUGAGGCCCAGACGAAAGUUUCCGGCACACCGUGACGAAACCUUGGGGACCGUGGGGACCGACGACCGACCCUGAACUUUGGGGGCCUAUAUCUCCGCAAUUACUACCCUGAUCAAAAUUCUGAAAGCGGAUUCUGAACGCUCUCGUCAAGCUCUUUCAAUUUGAAGGGUGGGGUAUGUCUGCGGCAUUCUUACCCCCCCCCUGGUCUAGCGUACCAUUCCGUAAGUUCACUGCAAAGGUUGCGUCUUGCCCUGAGAUACACUAGAUACACCGCGGGCUGCCAAGACCUGUUUUCAUGUGCGCUUGGUGAACACGGAUGGAGGUUUUGUGUACCGUAUACAACCAACAUCGCAUUUGACGGCUAGAUGAUAGGGUGGUGUUGCAAUGAGUCCAGUGUUAGUAACGGAACUGCUGCAGGAUAGGUGUUGCGGUGUAGAGGUAGGCUGGAUGGCCACAAAGCGAGCAUGCGCAAGAUUGCACACGAGCAGAGUGGAGCAGAAGCACGCAACUGCCAUCAAAGCGGUUAAGCGGGCACUUGGUGUGCAACGCUAUGAAUCUUGGACGGGGUGCAUGGAUAACUCCUUGCACAGGGCCAUCUGCAGGACUAACUUGAGAGC